GUUGAUGGUCUAAGGUUUGUUUUGUUUGGGAAAAUGGCGGACUCACUGGCCAAGUACGGGCUCUACGUAGAUGAUUUCAGUAAAAUUAGGAUUCUGGAGCCCGAGGUAGCCGGACAGAGUGAGAAAUUGAGGGUUGAAUGUCAAGGAUUUAUCUCCAAAAUAACAGAAUUCAAAAAAAAUUCCGAUGAAUUCAUCGAGAUGCUUGAUGGUCUUGCUAAUGAGGUCGAGAGACAGAAGAUGAGGACAAUAGGUGCUAGGAAUCUUUUGAGAUCGGUAUCGAAGCAGCGUGAGGCUCAGAAACAAAAAAUUCAGGCUUUGAUUAUUGAAAAAACAAUGGAACUGGAGCGUUUGAGGAUUCAGUACGACUCGUUGCGAAGAAUAGAACAAGAGCAGCUGGAAACAAUCGAGCAUUUAACAGUUAAUUAAUUAAUUGGCUUUUAAUUUCAUUUAUAAUCGCAGUGAAUCGAUUUUUUCUUGGUGAAAUAACUUCUGAAAAAUAAAGGUACGUUUGUUCUUCGCCAAAUGUUCAUUCAAUCUGCGUUGGAGUUUAUAAAUAAUUGAAGAAUAGCGGGGCAAUUUAUUAAUUACUACAAAAUAAUUUUUAGGAAAUUUUAGAGUUCAAUAACUUGAUGAGCCGUUUUGGUCACAAUUUUCGUUGGAUAUCUCUACAUCUAGAAGAGUUGGGAAAAAUAUUGUUCGACAGCUUUUGUAGCUCUUGAAAUUCUCCACAAAAAAUGUUCAGACGAAAAUUUCGUAAUUUAUCUCCAGUUCUGAGAUAUUGAAGAUUUUUGGAAAAGAAAUUCGUUCUGAAGUGAAAUUCUUCUUGUCCAUCACUUCACUGUUUCAUUAAUUAAUUAAUCAAAUUAAUUGACUAAUUUUUCAAUUAAUCGGAGGGAGAAAAAUAAAUUUAUAAUAUAGAUUUUCUGGUUUUCGUCAUUUUUAUUAAAAACAUUCUUUUCAUAAACUGUCAAUCAGGUUUUUAAGUGAGUAAUUGUAUUCCAUAACCAGGGAAAUUUACCCACAAAUAAAAAAAAAAUGUGUUUCUAUCUUGAAAUUCUCGAGAUGUCGUCAGUUUCCAUUUUCUAAAAGGCGUACAGGGUUUUCCUGUCUAUUCUUCAGGAA